GAGUUUCGUAGAUUUGCCGACGCUUUUCAGGCUAAAUUAGCCCUAGGAGAUACCCCCUCCAUGGUAAGUCAAGAUUUGAGUAAUAUUGUAGAAUCUCCUCCUACUAUUACAUCUUUAUAUGAAUCUGACACGGAGUUUUUGGAAAUUAUAGAACCAAGCCCCGUUAAGCAAAAAGAGAAAAAAAGUCAAGGAAGAAGGCAAAGGCAAAAAAAGACCUCAAAAAAGGUCGAAAAACAAAAAAGCCUCUCCGAACCAACAACCACCCUCACAACGUCCCAAAGGCCCCAAGCGCAAAGGCAAAGGACCCCAAAAGACGUAAGUGUUAAUAAUAUAUCUUCCUUGAAGUAUUUACCUAUGUAUGUUUGGAAAAGUCUGGAUCGUGGUGCUAAAUUUCAACUUACAAAAUACUGUACUUAUCAGCAAUGCCAAAAAGACUGGCAAGAAACCAAAGUCCACAUCGAAAAAGAAUUAGCAAGGCUAAAGUCUAGGGAUGUGUCGGCGUUUUUUGUUAAUAGAAAUGUUUUAGAUAUUUCAUUUAAUGUAAUUAAAUCCCAAUUAUUUAAUAAAGAAAUAUUUAAACGUAAUCGUUUCCAUAAGUCUAAAUUUGGUAUUAAUAAAGAUUUGGAGCGCUGCUUCAAAUAUUUGGUUUGGAAUGAUUUAGUAGUACUAUGUGCGGAUAAAAAUAUGGGUCUUACUAUCAUGGAUUAUGAAUGGUAUAAUUACGAAGUUCAUAAACAUCUUA